CAGGCCUGAUACAAUGAAAUAUAUGAACCUCAUAUAUUUCAUUGUAUCUGAAGGAAAAUUGUACUGGAUCAGCUCCCACAAGUGCCCGAGUUUUUAUCACAAACGUUGCUUCAUAUGGAGGAGAUCCUAACGACUUUAGGCUUUGCGGUCAAAAGCUCCCCCAUCCUGUUUACUCUAAAGCAAACUUUAUUCAAGUGAGAUUGGAAUCCCGCACCGGUCCUAUAAACAAAGGGUUCAAUGCAACAUUUGAGGCGAUAGAUGGAGAUCAGUGUAAGUGCUUAUUUUCCUCAAUGGUUCAUAAUGAAGUAUGCUUGUAUACGCAUAGCGUGCAGUCAGAAGGAAACGAAAUUAAUUCCUUUGCUACUGAAAACAAGAUGGUUUGCCCUGAACCUGACAUAGUCUCUGUUACUUUUUUUUCAGUGUGUCCCACAGAUAUGAUCCUAAGUGGGACAUCGGGUUCUUUCUCAUCUCCCUUUCACCCAAGAAACUAUCCAUUCAAUCAGACAUGUAGCUGGAAUAUAACAGCGAAACAAGGAUACCGUGUUCAGCUCACAUUACCAGACUACAAUCUUCACGGUGGUGGCAAUUGCUCGUGCAAUUUUAUUGAAGUUCAAAACAGCUUUACUGAUGUUCUGCCGCCUGGAAAACUGUGUGUUUGUCCAAAGGAAGCAAUUCAUUCGUCAGGAAGUGGGAGAAUAACCAGCACAAACUAUCCAAAUAGUAACUACACUGCGUUCAGAAAUUGUACCUGGAACAUUACCGCGCCAGCUAACAAAAGAGUAAAGUUUGUGUUUACUGACUUUCUCUUAAGUGAGUGUUCAGCCAAACCUUGUUCGGAAUUUUGUUCGUAUGUGGAGCUUUAUGAUGGUGGGUCAGCAAAUUCUCCUUCACUGGGGCGAUUUUGUCAAGGAUCGCCACGGAAUGAGUCUCAGUUCUCGACUGGAAACCAAAUGUUUGUGAUGUUCCAUCCUGGACUAAUAGUUGAUCGCGGAUUUGAAGCGAAUUAUUCAGAAUCCUCUCCCGGAUCAACACCAUCGCCACUUACAACAGAAACCACAUUGACAAGUAGAUCGAAAGAGACAAGUGCGUCAAAGAAAUCCUUACCACCAAAUGCCGUGGCAGGAAUAGUAGUGGGUGGUUUGAUUUUUGUUCCAUUCAUCGUCAUAAGGGUUUACUAUUAUUGUCGUCAUGGUAAGUCCGAUCGCUUCCUUUCCUAGCGGGAAAAGAAACUGGUUCAAUAACAACCUUCCACUUUGACCUGUGCUGGGUAGGAGACUAUAACUUUAAGAAUCCUUAUUACGGGGAUAGAUGAUAAAGCC